AUGUAUCAAAAUUUGGCCGACAGCAGGGUAACCGUAGCCCUGCAACACCCAACGUCGUGUUUGACCAAGAAAAUUCCUCUUCUCCUUUAUUUUCCUUCCCAAUACGAGAUCAAGGAUAUCUGCUCCAGUAGUGUUCCCAAUCAAUGGUCGCUCCGAAGCCAGACACUUGUCCCUGGUUUCAGCGGCGCAGCUCUUGUGAUUGCUGAUUGGCGGUGGGGCCCCGGCGACAUCAAAAAGGAUACCAAAGAGGACACCAGGAAGAAGCCGGAUACCUUUCCUACCUAUGUUGGUGGCCAGUUCAUCGCUAUCGAUGGCAAGCUUACUGACCUUCAGGUUGAGCACGAGAUCACUCAAGAACCUAUACUAAGAUCUGCCAUCAGGACAAUGAAGGCCCUAGACGGGGAUAAGAGGGAUAUGAGAGAGUUUGUUAAAGAGGUGGACCGAAUGUUAAAAUGCGGUGAAACAGUUGGGGAUUUCAAGAAGGGUGUUAAAAUUUUAUUGUAA